UUUUUUUUAAUGCUGUGGAAGAAAGAGAGUAGACUCCUUACACACCAGUCUCAGAGACAAAAGAAAAAAGGAAAGGCUUGCAAUAUGAAAAUCACAAGCAUCACAAUCUUGUUUUGGCCGCUCUCCAUGCUAUUGUUAUCAGACGAAAGCCAGACGUCUAAAACCGAAGUCAAAUGUAAUUUCACUGCAAAGAAUUAUGCUUUGAUUCCAGCAAAUAUCAAUAAAAAUGUUACUAUACUUGACCUCAGUUAUAACCAAAUUACUCUGAAUGUUACAGAUACAAGAGUUCUACAGACAUAUUUUUUACUCACCGAGCUCUAUUUGAUUAAGAACAAUGUCAUUAUCCUACAUAAUAAUAGUUUUGGUAACCUCUCCCAUCUAGAAAUUUUAAAUAUCUGUAGAAACUCCAUCCACAUAAUUCAACAGGGUGCCUUUACAGGCUUAGAUAAACUAAAACAGUUAUAUCUCUGCCAAAACAAAAUAGUUCAACUGAAUCCUGAUAUAUUUGUGCCUCUAAAAAACCUGAUACUAUUGAAUCUGCAAGGCAAUUUGAUAACCUAUCUUGAUGUACCACAACUGUUUCAUCUGGAAUUCAUAAUUUUAUACGGAAAUCCGUGGAACUGCUCUUGUAGUCUACUGAAUUUGCAAAACUGGUUGAACACAUCGAAUGUGACACUAGAAAAUGAGAACAUCACCAUGUGCAGCUAUCCGGAUAUACUGAAGUGCUACAAUAUCAAAACAGUACCCUACAAGGCUGAAUGCUACUCAAAAUUUCCUUCAUCUAUAACUGAAGAUCUUUACAUUCAUUUUCAGUCCAUUAGCAAUUCAACAUUUAAUAGUUUUUUGAACAACUUAACAAGAAAUUCAGAACGUGAAUCUCAAGGAAAAAGCUGGGCUUUUCUUGUCAGUGUUGUAGUCACUGUACUGAUGACUUCACUCCUCAUUUCAAUUGCUAUCAAAUGUCCAGUAUGGUAUAAUUUUCUGCUUAGUUACAAUCAUCAUCGCCUGGGAGAGCAUGAAGCAGAAACCUAUGAAGAUAGUUUUACCGGAAAUCCAAGUCCUCCUCCACAGAUACCAGACACAAGCUCCAAAGAAACUACAGUAAUAUUUGAACAACUACAUCAAUUUGUGGUAGAUGAUGAUGGGUUUAUUGAAGACAAAUACAUAGAUACUCAUGAAUUAUGUGAAGAAAAUUAAUUUCUUUCAAUGUUUGAUUCUUUAAAAAAUGUUAACAGCUCACUCACAGUUCAGACAUGGAGAUUUUGAUACAUGACAUACUGAACUAUAGCUAGUAGACCAUCAUAUUAAUUGCAACACACAUAAAUAUCAUAAAAUUAUGCUCUUCUCAUUGGCAUUGUGCAAGUAGGUCCAAAUACAGUAACUGCCACUCCUUGUUAGCUAACAGUUAAAAUACUAGCAUUACUAUUCUCAGCAGUAUUCAGGGGACCAUACAUAACAGUAGGAAAAGGCCUAAGGUAAAUUAUUCAUUAAUUAAAAUGAACAGAUUUUCAUAUUAGUCAGAUAUGUGAUGUAAUACAUAUUAAAGUUUUACUGAUUGGAAUCAGUAAAGAAAUAAAGAUUUUGGAAUUUUAUCACAAGUCAAAGUGAAGAACAGAGAUAGUUUAAACUGACAACACACUAAGGUUGAUUUUAUGCCCAUAGAAUGAAUUCAUGGAAUUGGAAAAUGCUUUUUAAAUUUUUUUAAAUGCUUCCUGAAUUGGCACAACAAAUUUCUGAAAAUUUAGUAGCGAUUUAAAGCACAGGUACAAUGUCCAGGCACAAUCUCUUGAUUUUCGUUACAAAGAAAGACUGUCAUCA